AUGUUGGCAAAGGCCAUUGCCAACGAGGCUGGAGCAAGUUUCAUUAACGUGUCUAUGUCUACUAUCACUUCAAAAUGGUUUGGUGAAGAUGAGAAGAAUCUUAUUGGGGUCAUCCCACCAUCGCUAGGGAACCUAUCAGCCUUGAGAAUACUAGAUCUUUCUUACAAUAAGCUAAAUGGAACCAUUCCUGUUUCUGUUGGACAAUUAUCAAAUCUCAAGAUCUUAGAUCUCUCUUUUAAUUCCCUAGAAGGCAUAGUACUUUCUGAAACUCAUUUUGCCAACCUCUCAAUGUUGGACGAAUUGAGAACAAGUUUUGCCUUCUUGACAUUAAAGGUGAAAUCUGAUUGGAUACCUCCUUUUCAAUUGAAAUACAUUCUAAUGGGAUCCUUCAGAGUAGGGAUUCAAUUUCCUCAAUGUCUUCAAACACAAAAGAAAGUUGUUGAAUUGGAUCUUUCCAAUACUAGCAUAUCAGGAACCCUCCCUAAAUGGCUUCUUGACAUGCCUCUCUGGACAUUAGAUCUCUCUCAUAACCAUAUCAGUGGAACCAUUAAAGUUGACCUCUCCCAUAACUAUAUCUCAGGACCCCUUCCAUAA